CCCGACCGCGGGUUUUCCGGCGGGAGCGGAGCCGCGGUGUGGAGGUGACACCGCGGUUUGCUCCGUGAGACCCGCUGGCCGCGGGCUGCGCCGUCCCCGGCAGCCGCCAGAAUGUCGCACGUGGAAAACGUGGUGCUUUGUCGCGAGUCCCAAGUGUCCACGUUGCAGUCCCUGUUCGGAGAGAGACAUCAUUUCAGCUUUCCAUCCAUUUUUAUUUAUGGACAUACUGCCAGUGGAAAGACCUAUGUCACACAAACUUUGUUAAAAACUUUAGAGCUCCCACAUGUCUUUGUGAAUUGUGUUGAAUGUUUUACGUUGAAGCUGCUUUUGGAACAAAUUUUAAACCGGUUGAAUUACCUUAGUUCUUCAGAGGAUGGAUGUUCUACUCAAAUAACCUGUGACACAUUUAAUGACUUUGUUCGCUUGUUUAAACAAGUAACCAAGGCUAAAAGUCUCAAGGAUCAGACUGUAUAUAUUGUUCUAGAUAAAGCAGAAUAUCUAAGAGAUAUGGAAGCGAAUAUUUUGCCUGGGUUUCUUAGGUUACAAGAAUUGACUGACAGAAAUGUGACUGUUAUCUUUCUCAGUGAAAUUAUUUGGGAAAAAUUCCGUCCAAAUACUGGAUGCUUUGAACCAUUUGUCUUGUAUUUCCCUGAUUAUAGCAUAGGGAACCUUCAAAAGAUCCUGUCCCACGAUCAUCCUCCAGAAUACUCAGCUGAUUUCUAUGCUGCUUACAUUAAUAUUCUUCUUGGAGUUUUCUACACUGUCUGCCGGGAUUUGAAAGAGCUCAGACAUCUGGCAGUACUUAAUUUUCCUAAAUAUUGUGAACCCGUGGUUAAAGGAGAAGCAGGUGAACGUGAUACUCGCAAACUCUGGAGAAAUAUCGAACCUCAUUUGAAGAAAGCCAUGCAGACUGUUUAUCUCAGGGAAAUAUCAAGUUCACAAUGGGAAAAGCUACAGAAAGAUGACACAGAUCCAGAACAACUGGAAGGUCUCUCAGCAUAUACUCAUGUGGAACUUCCUUAUUACUCUAAGUUUAUUUUAAUUGCUGCAUACCUUGCUUCAUAUAAUCCAUCAAGAACUGACAAGAGGUUCUUCCUUAAGCAUCAUGGGAAAAUCAAGAAAACCAAUUUUCUAAAGAAACAUGAAAAGACAAGCAAUCAUCUCCUCGGACCAAAACUGUUUCCACUUGAUAGAUUAUUAGCAAUAUUAUAUAGUAUCGUGGACAGCAGAGUUGCUCCAACAGCAAAUAUAUUUUCCCAGAUUACCUCUCUAGUGACCCUGCAGCUAUUAACCCUGGUUGGCCAUGAUGACCAGCUUGAUGGACCAAAGUACAAAUGCACAGUAUCUCUAGACUUCAUCAGAGCUAUCGCUAGGACGGUGAACUUUGACAUAAUAAAAUACUUGUAUGAUUUCUUGUGAAAACAAGCUUCAGAGCCAUAUGGACACUGUGACAAUGACUAAGCCAAGCUGUGUUCAUCCAACUACUUAGCUGGCCAGGGAGAGGAGUUCUUUGGCUCUACUGGAUUUGUCCAGACAGGUGCUGGCCCAGCAUGGAAUCUGAUGAAAAUACUCUGAUUGGUCUGGGUGGAUGUGAGCAGAAGACUGUUUACCAGGGGCCCUGGAGUAUUUGGAAGCAAUGUGUUAAUUAUAAACAGCAGGGUUUGAGCACAAUCUGUUCUGCUCUUAAUGAUGUUAUCUUAACACUGAAAUUGCCUGAAACCCAUUUACUUAGGACUACAUUUUGCUGUGAACCAUCCCCUGCGCUUUGAAGGUGCCAGCAGCCCUUGUAUAUAAGCCCAGUCUUUCCACUUCCUCUCCACAGGAGCCUCUGCAGUUGCUUGCCAGAGCAGAUUUUCCUAAGGCCACUGUUUUAAAAGAUCAUAGUUGCAAAAUAUAAUAAAUAGAGGCGUGCUUUAAAAAAAACAACAAGCUUGUAUGUGCGUGUCUUUCACCCUGCUUUUCUCAAAAGGCCAAGGUAGUUUGAUCAGAUCUAGGCCAGCUUUCCAUCUCUAAGCCUACUUUAACUAGGGUGCUUGUAUGAGGUUUAUCUGGUCAUUCUUGCAAUUAACCACCCAGCCUAGCUUUUUAAAUACUCAUGAUAGUUUUCUUUUUUUAAUCAUUGAACUUUAAAGUUCCACAAUA